CUCCCAUACCCUAACCUCUAUUUUGGCCUAAUUUUGCUCUUACUUCAAGUUCAAAAGCAUCAUCUUGAAAGCAGAAAAUGGCUGACAUGGAAGACAUUCAACCUCUUGUCUGUGACAAUGGCACCGGCAUGGUUAAGGCAGGAUUCGCCGGCGACGAUGCACCUCGGGCGGUGUUUUCGAGCAUCAUAGGGCGGCCAAAGCACCAAGGCGUGAUGGUCGGAAUGGGGCAAAAGGACGCGUACGUGGGCGACGAGGCGCAGUCGAAAAGAGGAAUGCUUUACCUCAAGUAUCCGAUCGACCACGGCAUCGUCACCAACUGGGACGACAUGGAGAAGAUUUGGUACCACACUUUCUACAACGAGCUGCGGGUCUCCCCCGACGAGCACCCCGUUUUGCUCACCGAGGCGCCCAUGAACCCUAAGGCCAACAGGGAGAAGAUGACGCAGAUUAUGUUCGAGACUUUCAGCACGCCCGCCAUGUACGUCGCCAUUCAAGCCGUGCUUUCCCUCUAUGCUAGCGGCCGCACCACAGGUGUAGUACUAGAUUCCGGCGAUGGUGUGACGCAUACCGUCCCCAUUUAUGAAGGCUACGCUCUACCGCACGCAAUUCUCCGGCUGGAUCUGGCCGGCCGCGAUCUCACAGAUUCUCUGGUGAACAUCCUGAAGGAGAGAGGCUACAAUUUCGUUUCCGCCGCCGAGAAGGAAAUCGUGCGGGACGUGAAGGAGAAGCUCGGCUAUGUAGCCCUAGAUUUCGAGCAGGAAAUGGAGACGGCGAAGAGCAGCUCCGAGCUAGAGAAGACCUACGAGUUGCCGGACGGACAGGUGAUAACCGUCGGAGCCGAGCGAUUUCGCUGCGCCGAGGUUCUGUUCCAGCCGGCGCUCGUGGGGCUCGAGGCCGCCGGAAUCCAUGAGACCACUUACAAUUCGAUCAUGAAGAGCGACGUUGAUAUCAGGAAAGAUCUGUACGGGAAUAUCGUUCUCAGCGGCGGAUCUACCAUGUUUCCCGGCAUCGCCGAUCGGAUGAGCAAGGAGAUCUCGGCGCUCGCGCCCGGCAGCAUGAAGAUCAAGGUGGUUGCGCCGCCGGAACGGAAGUACAGUGUGUGGAUUGGUGGCUCAAUCUUGGCUUCCCUUAGCACCUUCCAACAGAUGUGGAUAACUAAAGCGGAAUAUGAUGAGACUGGUCCUGCCAUUGUACACCGGAAAUGCUUCUAAGUUUCGGGAAAUACAAGAAUGAAGACGAAGAUUACAGUGCUUUGUUGUGCUCUCUAUCAAGUUGGUCAGUUGCACAUACUUAAAUGUGUUAUUCGAUGCGUUUUUAUAUUAGAGACGUUUAACUUUAGUAUUCUAUUAUUUUGAUGUCACUUGAGGUAGAAGAAAGAGCAUUAUUGUUUUGGUUUUUGCCUCUUUCUCUCUAUUUUUUGAUUUUGGAUCUUUUGGGUUUGUAUUUGUUAUAGGUUAGGGCUUAGGAGUAUUUUUUUUUUUUUUUUUGUGUGUUUUUUAAAAAGUAAUUAUCUAAAAACUAUUCUCAUUGCACAAAACAGGGAGUUAUGUCCCUAAGGUGAUACAUAGAUCACAAUGUAAUAUCUUGUCAUAUUUGUUGUUUUGUCA